UUUUUUUUUGGCUCGAACAGUUAGAACACUCCCAAAGCUUUCGUGGAUUGAGUUCGCACGAGGCAUAAUUCAUGUGAGCCAUGGGCGAUCAUCCCAAAGACUCGGAGAAAAUCCUUCUCACACUUCCUUGGCCUGAGCCGACAGAUCUGAUAAAGAGACUCGAAGAGAAAUUCCCAACAGCAGAGUUUGUCUAUAAGCAAGUAACUUUUAAUAGAGAACAGGGGCUUCAGGAGCAGCUCCCGGAAGACAUCUACAAAGACGUCACGGCAUUGCUCACUUUGUUCACGCUGCCGCAAUCCCCAAGUUCAUGCCCAAAUCUUGAAUUUGUGCAGCUGAUAUCUGCUGGAUCUGACAAGGUCGUGCAAAGGCCCAUUUUCAAGGAGACCAACAUUCCUUUCGCUACCGUCAGCGGCAUCCACGGGCCACAAAUCUCAGAAUGGUUCAUCAUGUCGCUGCUGAAUUUUGGUCACGCGUAUAAUGCACUUUACGAAGCACAAAAGGAGCGACUUUGGCAGCCGUCGCUGGGCCAGAAGGUACAAGAUCUGGUCGGUCAGCGCCUCGGCGUGUACGGCUAUGGCAGCAUAGGUCGUCAAGCCGCAAGAGUGGCAAAAGCGAUGGGUAUGGAUGUCAUUGCUUACACGGCUUCUCCACGAGACACGCCAGAGAAACGCAAGGACACCGGCUUCAUCGUUCCCGGAACGGGCGAUCCGGACGGGAGCAUCCCGAGCGAGUGGUAUUCCGGCACCGACAAAGCGUCGCUGCAUCAUUUUCUCGGUCGGGACAUCGACGUCCUGCUCGUCGGCGUCCCGCUCACGGCGGCCACGAGACACGUCCUCAGCACGGAAGAAUUCGACGUCCUGUCGAAGAAGCGGGCGUUCGUUGCCAACGUCGCUCGCGGACCCGUCAUCGACUCGGCGGCGCUCAAGAAAGCGCUUGAGGAGGGCAAGCUUCGCGGCGCCGCUCUCGACGUUACCGAGCCGGAGCCGCUGCCCAAGGACAACCCGCUGUGGGAGGCCCCGAACACCUUCAUAUCGCCCCACGUAAGCGGCAACUCCAAUGACUACGCCAAACGAGCUUUCCAAGUUUUCGAGCUUAACCUCGAGAGGAAGGCUAGAGGCGAGCCGCUCAUCAAUGUCAUCGACAGGAAGAAGGGAUACUGAAUCUACAGCCGUCAAGCACUGCAUAGAUGCCGGUGGACUUUUGCGGGCCGUCGUUGAACCCUGCGAACUUGCCCACGAUUCCAUGUCGGAUUCACAGCGUGGGAAUGUUUUGGAAAGGGCAAAGUUGAAAGGGCCCGGCAUUGCUGUCGCUAAACGUGAAUGGGUGUGCAAUGGCUGAGAGCAGGAGCUAGCAAAGGGCUUUGUGAUCGAAAAAGUAUCCUUCACUAUUGCCUCCGCACACGUAUGUGUUUUUACGAGUUUGUUUAAAGCUCAACGUAGAUCUUACAGCCGCCAUUGUUGUAACGUUACCGCGCCAUUGAAGGUAUCUAAAUUACUACUCCCCGUUGUCAAAUGCUUCCACCUCGAAAGAUAAAGUCGUAGUCAUUUCUUCCAGAUUGAUUGUUGGGCAGUAUUGAUUGGGUCACUAGUCCACACUGCAAGCC